UUUGCCUCACUAUCGUAAAACAAGAAUCGAACGGGCCUCAUGUCUUCAUAAUUGGAGUGCUUCGAAGGAUUAUCAGGAUGUGCGUUCCACUCUUCUUUACCAUCAUGUGCUUCUACGUGGUUCCACUUUUUGCCACUGGGCCAGACACCAAAUCGUUCUUUUUAAAGCUUUACGAUGACGUAGAUGAAAACUGGUGGCGCCUCCUUCUUCAGAUCCGAAAUUUUUUUGAGCUGACCCCAAAGACCAUACUUGGACAUACGUGGUACCUGUCAGCUGACUUCCAGCUCUUCCUCAUCUCACUUCUGGUACUUCUACUUUUUAGAAGCCGGAAAACACUGGCAGUGGGAGCCUUUGUCCUGCUGUCUUUUAUGGGCUGCGCCUACGCUACGUGGACCAUAUCAGGAUCCGAUUUGACUCCUUUCGUCGUGUUUCCUGCCGAGACACCACAAAUCGUGAUGCGAACCGUCAACCAAUACUACAUACGGCCUUUCUACCACGCUGUGUGCUACUUCAGCGGCUGUAUCGCGUUCCUCGUCAUCGACGACGUCAAGGAACGAAAGAUGUCAAAAGGCGUGCAGUUGGUGGGUUGGUGUCUGGCCAUUGCGUGCUGCCUUUGCUGCAUCUUCAUGAAGCACGCCUGGUACGCGAACUCGAAUCCCACUUCGGAAGCUGGAAAGCUAUUCACGGCGUUUUUUGACCGUGUUCUGUGGUCGCUGUUUCUCUCCUGGAUCACGCUGGCGUGCUCUACGGGCCGAGGAGGAGUCCUAAGCAAGUUCCUGUCCUACAACGCUUUCGUGCCGCUGAGCAAACUGUCGUUCGGCGUCUACCUUAUCCACUUCCCUUUCAUCCAACUUAUGCUGCACGCGUCCAGAGAGCGCAUAUUCUGGUCACACUUCAACCAGAUCACACUGUUUUUUGCGGUGCUCGUUUGGAGCUUCUUUCUGGCGUACCUGGCCUACUUGGUAUGCGAAGGCCCCACAGCCCUCCUGGACAAGCUUGCCUUCCAGAGGUUCACUAGAAGAGGACGUCCUUCGGGAAACCAAGCUCAAGAGCCGUGUCUGGACUGUAGCGCUGAACUGCCGGAGAAGAAAGCGGAAAAUGGCCGGGUCAUCUCACAGCUCACCAGUGGCAAAAUGAAUGGCUAUACACUCCCCGAUCCGUGGAACGGCGCCGUGCGUGGUCUGUCGUGGCGGUCGCAGUGGGUGCCUCAAAGGCUUUGAUUGCUAUCUGCUGUAGGACACUGCUUCAUUUCAUUUACUCCUGAUGAAUCAACUGCCUGCAGUGUUGGGGCGUCCUCGUCGGAAGCGGCAGGUUCGACUCGCUGCCGCCGCGGUCGCCUCCUCGUUUCGAUACAGAGGUGAAGUGCCACAUGAAACAAAAUAAGAAAAAGCCAUUGCACCGCGUCUCUUCGUGCACGUGAUGUGCGAAAACGGGUGGUUAUACUAAAUGCGGUGCACAGUACCCGCGCAGCAAUCCUUGAGUUGCAGCGUUCCGACGCUGCAGCGCUGCCUGUGCUAUCGGUAUCAUCGUCAGCACCAUCACCCACAUGAGAACAGAAACUUCGUCUUCAUACUCUCGUCAACCAAGUGAUACCUCCAAGUUUCUCUGCUGUUUGCUUUUCGUGCGACUAAAAACGGGUCUCAACUGCGUUUUUAUGAUGUUAUGUGGACACAAUUGUGCACGAACUAGUGGUUGGUAGGCAGCCGUAAACCGCUGUGCAUCUCUAUGGAGCGGUAAACAAUGUGCGGUGGUUUGCUGUUGUACUGUGCACAUAGAUGGCGCUGCGUCUGCCAAAUAUAUAUGUAUAAUACAUGUGAGUGUGCGUCGGUGUAGUGAGCAUAGUAAUGUCAUUUCAAGCUUGUAUAUGAACGCCGAACAUCGUCCUUGUGUUACUGCAUUCGCAGGUUUGGGUCAGGCUGUACUGAGUGCAAGUAUUUAUUAGUCUGUAGCACAAAUUACGAUGUAGUCUUUCUCCACAACAAUACGAGCGCCAUGUGUAGCUUUGUGAAGCCUCUCAUACCACACAUUAAGUUUUGCAAAGAUCUGUCGUACCCUGGUCCCUCCCCGUGUUUUCAAUGGGGGUGGUCAAGUUACCCGGGAAUAAAGUCAACAAAUAUUGCUGCCAG